AUGUCGGCGAUAUUGCUGCUCGUGGCACUGGCAUUAUUCAAGCAAACUGCUGCUCAGAAUCCUACACCAUCUAUUAGUUGCUACUUCUCGUGUUAUGUGCGCGAUGGCAAGAUCUGCCCAACCAUAUCUACUCCUUGUGCUUCUUGCAGGUACACCGAGACCAUACAGUACAAUCAAGUUACCACACGCGCAAGGGAGUGUUAUCGCGGGCCAUGCGUGCCUUCAGUUUCCACCUACGGGGACGUUACGACGAAAAGCUACUGUUGCACGCACGAUCUGUGCAACGAAUCGCUGCAAACAGCGCUUGCGGGAUAG